AUGCCAAAGGGUGGAGCUUCUUCCUUGAUUCCCGUGGACGCUGGUCUACGGGGCGACCUCGAUUCGUUUCUGAGAGCGUUCUUGGAUUUGAAGUCUCAGAGAUUCUCGGACUACAAAAAGCUCUUCCAGCAUCGUAAAAUGAUCAAUCUACAUAACGGAAGAAGCGAAAGUGCUGAAAUCAUCGAGUUCAACGAGCAACUUCUCGUCCACUGUUUACCGUAUAUGGAAGAGAAUGUGUGUAUUGGAACUCCAAGAAGUCUAGAAGAACGUCUAUUCGGUCUCUAUUCUAUCUACACAUUUUUCUAUACUCAACAAGUUGAACACGUUGUCAAAAUUCGAGUCGAUCCAGAUACCGCCCGAAACUUCCGUCGAUUCACUGAAUUUCUUCUGGAGAACAACAUACUUGAUGCUUAUAUGGCAUGUCUGAAGCUUCUCGAAGACAAAGCUUUCAAACAUGUUGCAUUCGUACCAGUUUUCGAUCCAUCUCUCUUCAAACGAUUUGGUGCAAACGAUCAAAUAGAUAGAUCGGAAGCACUUGUGAAUGUCAACGAUCCACUUGUAAGAGUCAGAAUUCUUCACAAUUCGGAUGUGUUCAAAAAGCUUAGAUUAAUUCACAACGAAUACAACAGAUUGAAAAAAUCAGCUGGUGUUGAUCUGGGAGGAAUUUCAAUGAACAAUGUUCAAGACACCUGCAAACACAUUUUGGAGAACUAUUCACAAACAAUUAAGGAAGAAAAAGUUCCGUUGAUAGCAACUGUUUCACCCUCUUCUGACAAAGCAAAAGUGUCUCGUUCGCAAAUUAGAGAAAAGGCGUACAACUCUGAACUGAGUCUUUCAAGAUUCAGAAGACACUACACCACUGACAAUAUAAGAAUCAAAAAGGAGAGAUUCGAGUACGAUUCGAAGGAAGAGAAAAACAUUAGAGCAAGUCCAAAGAAACAUCAGAAAAGAGUCUUCAAAACUGAAUUGAUGGAAUACAAAAAAGCUUCCCAAACCAAACAAGAAACAACAGACAAUACUCCUCCGAAGCCAUCGAAAGCGGAGUGUAUAACUAUCAAAGAGGGGAUGUCAGAUUCAGUUGAGAUGAAUGUGGAAUCUCAUCCCUUGAAAGGUAUUCUGAAGACGUCGCGGAUAACAAGGAAGAGCAAUGGUCUGAGAGUCACAAUCGAAGAAGAACCAAAAUAUGAAAGUUAUAAAAGAGAAGGGACUCCAUUUUUCUAUUCUUCGGAAACCGAAAAGAACAACAGGGAGCCAGCUCAAAAGAAGGAUUCCAUUACAAAGGAGACUUCCAUCGCUGCUUCUGUUGAUCCGACUCCAAUAAAUCCUAUCCUAUCUGCUCCAGAAACUAAGAAAGCUUCAGAAAUUGAACCGAUUCACGAUCAUUUGAAUCAUCUGGAGGAAACGAUGUCGACACCUGGAUUGCAGAGUUGUGUUGUCGACAACGAUUAUGAAUGUGCGAAUGAAGAGAUUCACGAUUGUUUCAAUAAUUCCAACGACACCCAUUUCUUCGACGAAGAAAUUGAGCUCCUCUCGGAUGAUGAAAAAAAUGUAUCCAUUAGUUUCGAUUUUUAA